AGAAGAUAAGUAUAGAAUCCUAAGCUUGACAUAGCCAAUAGUAAAAGAUGACACAAGCAUUGCCACUAGAACAAAAUGAGAUAAAAUUAAAUAAUAUGCCUUGCCAAUUCCAUUCCCCUUAUGAUUCCUCCAUUCUUGUCCAUUACAACCUUCCUUCAUUUACCCUUAUUUAGGAGCAAGCACUUCAUUGCCUCAACCCUCUCCAACUCAACUUCAGAGUGGUGGAAAGGCUAUAUGCAAAGGUCUGAGCGAGGGUCGGUGGACAGGAGUAACUUUCGGUCCACUUGAUUCUGGUAAGCUCUGUAUGUAACUAGCCCAUUUUGAUUUGUAAGAGGUGAUAGGCAUUCAGGAAUAGAAAUUGCUCGUCUCGGGUUGGUUCCUUGGCUGUAGCAGUGGUGAAAUGGUCUUCCAGAGGGAGGAAGCAUAUGAGCCCUCAGUCAUCAACAGAGAUGAGGGAUUGAAAACUAGUGACAGUACUAAUGAAACAGGCGUUGAAGAUGAUAUGUGUGAAUGGUUGAGUUUAAGCCUCAACAGAAAUGAGUCCUUUACUGCUAAAGACAGUGCCUCUCCAUCAAAACCUGCCAGUAGAAAGCUUUUCUCAUGCAAUUUUUGCAUGAGGAAGUUCUAUUGUUCACAAGCUUUGGGGGGUCACCAGAAUGCACACAAGAGGGAAAGAGGAGCAGCUAAAAGAUAUCAGUCUCAGAGGAUCAUGACCUUCAUGGAAUCAUCACCCGGCAACUCUCCCACCGCGAUGUCUCUUCGUGUCCAGCCUCACUCUAUUGUGCACAAACCAAGCAGAGCAGGAACAACAUCUACUAUGACAGCAAGAUUUGAUGACUUCCCUAUUGGCUUCGGUGUCGCAUGGACACCUUUUAUGCUUACAGAGGCAUUGGAUUUGGUUUGGCCAGGCAGCUUUCAUGUGGACAAAUUGCCCAAGCAAGCAUCAGAUGGACAUAAGCUUGACUUAAAUCUCCGGCUGUGAUAUUAAACUUUGGUCUGGGAUUGAUCUUUUUUUGAUAUUGUCUGUGCCAUGUUACAUUUAUCACCUGCUCAUUUAUCUUAAACAAACCAACUUAGGUACAUGAGCCCACUUGAAUAGGCACAAUUUUCAAUAAAAAAUGAGCAGACUUGGAACAAG